AUGGAUCUUUUUGCUAUAGGUGAUGAAGAAGAAAAAGAAGAGCAAAUAAUGCACCCUGCGUUUAUGCCAAACACACUACCCAAGCUCUCCUUGCCUAAAGGCAGUAUAAUAACUGAUUUUCCCUCACAGCUCUUUCCAUGCAAAGAAAUCAAAAAACGAAAAGGCUUGACAGGGAUGAUCCUCAAGAAUAAACCGAAAAUUCUGGAAAGAGAAAUAAGUUUUGAAGACGAGUUUAUGUAUGUUUAUGAAAGAAAAAAAGGGAAACUUAUUGUUCGGCAUGUCUGGGUUCUCAGCCGACUUCUGAAUAUUGAGAUCAAAAAAAGUCAACCAACAGUGAUGACUUUUGUAUUUGCAAAUAAAUCGUUAGACCCUUUGGAUGAUUAUGAAAGAAAAACUGUGGAUUUAUAUGAAAUGGGAUGAUUUAUACAGACUUUGAAGAACCAAUUAGACCAGCUUUGCAUUGAUUUCCAAUUUGAUGUUUAA